AUGGGUUGGGACUAUUAUAGGAUACUGGAAAUUGCCCCGAACUCCACCGAUGCUGAUAUCAAUAAGGCUUUUAGGAAGUUGGCCCUAAGAUACCACUCGAAGAAGCGAUCAGCCGGCGACGAAAUCGCUGCCGAGAAAUUUUUCCUCAUCUGCGAGGCUUAUGACGUUCUCAGUGACGAAUGUAAAAGAGCGACUUAUGAUCAGUUUGGUGAGGAGGGCUUGAAACGUGGAGUCCCUACUGGAUCACAGGGCUCUGGGGCCUGGACCCAGGGUUAUUCAUUUCAUGGAGACGUCAAAAGAGUUUUUAGAGAGUUUUUUGGCGGAGACAACCCUUACAAAGAAUAUUACGACAGGAUUGACGGGGACUUGAGUAUGGGAUUCGGAGGAUUGAAAGGGAUCGGGGCUAAAAAACAGGACCCCCCCGAUGAGAAAAUAUUAUGGCUGGAUCUAAGUGAGGUCUUUCACGGUUGCACUAAAAAAAUGAAAAUAAUGAAAAAGGUGCUAAAUAAAGACGAACGAACGACAUCUGUGCAAGAGAAAAUUUUAACGAUAACUGUAAAGAGGGGCUGGAAGGAGGGGACGAGAAUAACUUUUCCACAAGAGGGCGAUCAAAGUCCAAAUAAUAUUCCUGCUGACGUCAUCUUCAUCCUAAGGGACAAACCACACCCCAACUACAGACGAGAGGGCUACGACCUUAUAUACACGACACCUAUAACACUGCACCAUGCCCUUACAGGCACUACCUUAGAUAUAAAUACAGUUGACGACAGAAUUCUGCACAUUCCACUGACUGACAUCAUCAAACCGGGCUACACGAGGACAGUGAUAGGGGAGGGCAUGCCCCUACCGAACGACCCCUCAAAGAAGGGGGAUAUGAUCAUACACUUCAACAUAGAAUUCCCCACAUCCCUAUCUUCGGAGAAAAAACAACUGAUCAGGUUCGCUCUGCCUAAACAUCUCUUGAAGACUGAUGCCGGUGCCGAUGACGAAGAAACGGCCAGCGAACGUUAG